AUGGGUCGCUUCAGUCAGAUCUCGGUCUCAUCGGAGCCCUCACUGCAGAUCGUGAAAAGCCACUUUAAGCAGAUCAGUGGCAGUCAGUGGGUGAUGUUGGCCAGAGGCAUGUGUGACUUGGAGACCGUGCGUAUUCUGACCAGCAUGUUUAUCUCGCUGGUCCAAAAGCUGUCCGCCAACGUCUUGGGUCUGAUCGCUCCGAGACGCGAGGUGAACAACAGGAUCCUGAAUAGGGGAAAGUCGACCCGGGCUUACGGGACCAUCAUCACUGUGCUUCAGAACACCAUGGGGCAAGUGUUCUCUCAGGCUCUGAAUCUGCCCACGGACUCGUUGGACAAACACCAGGACUCGCAGGAGCUCACCUCCCUGAUCGAGCAGGAGGUGUCCACGAAGGUGAACCGUGUCCUUUCUGAGAAGCAGGAGGAGGGCCCUGUGGUAGUGGACGCCCUCAUCAGCAGCAAGAGUGUGGCUCGCAGCAUGAUCGACAAGGGAAAAUCCUGCCUCAUGAGCUUCCUCAGAUUUGCCAAAAAGAAUUUACGAAACAUGCAGGAAAAUCUGGAGAAAGAACUUCUGGUUGAAGAGUUAGAGCCAGAGACAAGGAGUUUGUCGAGGGAGUCGAGCUGUGGGAAAACUCCUGGACAUGCUUUGAGGACUCUAGAGAUCCUAAACAGACUUGCUCUUGCUGCGUCACCGAAUGCGGAGAUAAGGACUGAGUUCCAGAACCAAGACCCCGAGCAGACAAACACGCGGAAAACAGGGGUAAAGGGUAAGCUCAGACACCAUGACCUGAAGCGGACAUACGCCACGGUGAGGAACGAGGUAUUGGAUUACCUUCAAACCUUACAGAAUUACAUCGCACAAGACCCAUUGGAGAACUUCUACCUCCAGGAUCUGUUUGAGUUGUGCAUCGAGAAGCCGCCUCUGUCGCCCAACUCCCAGCAGGCCCUGACGUAUAAUGUGUCCAUUCCUUAUCAAGGGUCGGUCCCCGUCCAGGUGGACUUUCAACAACUGUCAGAGCAGUCUUUCAACAGCCAGAAACACGACAUAUUUGAGAGGUCUAUGGCGCACCCCAGAGCCUGUGUGCCAUCGCAGACCUCUAGAGACGUUCCGGAAAUUGUCACUCUCACACCAGAGGUCAGCACCAGGAGAAUCUCAGGCAACUCUGAGAACUGUUUGAGGAUUCAGAAGAACGGCCUGUUAGAGAGGUCCAUGGUGCCUCCCAAAGUAGAGCGGCCUUCUUUCAUCUCUGAGGACGUCCAGGCGGUUGUCCUGAAAACCCCAGAGGGCAUGAGAAGAAUCAGCGACAGGGAUUUGUCCGAGGACCAGUCCAUGACUCGAGGCCUGAUAGAGGUUUUGAUGAUUGAGAUGUUCAGAGCUACUUUGCGUCCGUGGGAAAAAAAUUACAAAGUCAUCCGCGACCGUUUGACUGAAAUGGUCUGGGAAGAAAUCCAGCUUUGUGAACACCAGACAAAGAAAACAAAGAAGGGAAUGAAUAAAAUUAUUGACGCGAUUGUUAAAGACCUCAUAUCACAUUACGGCACGGAACUGGGAAUGUUGGAAAGUGCUUUGGACAAUAUAGACGGGAGUUUUGACAAGACGGUUCUGAAGUCCCUGCAGUACCACAUCGAGCACAACCUGCGGAAGACGUCUUUUCUGUGCCGCAUGUUCAGAUUCCUCUGUAAGCCCUUCGAAUGCUGCUGCUGUUGCUUCUGCUGCUGCCGCACCAUCGACGACUAA